GAGUCACCAAUCACUAUAUUAUCUCGUUUUUUAUUAGCUGUCACUACCACCCCCCACCUACAGCCAUCCCCCACCACCGUCGCAACCACCGCUGCCUACCAUACCCCACCGCAGUUCACAGAAAUUCGCCUUCUGAAAGCCCUGAUUUUGAUCAGCUCCACCUUAUGGCUACCGAUACUCCCUCUCCACCUCCUACUGCCUCACAUGAAGAAGAAGAAGAUAACAUCAACCAGCAACCGCCUACUCAGCAGGAGUUGGUUCUGUCACCGCCGUCACCAAUUGAAGACGUUGAUCAGCACCAGCAAUUUGAAAACUCAAAUUCACCUUAUUCGCCGCGGACGUCCGUCACAAAAUCGGAAAAGCCUAUCGACCGCGAACAUCCACCACCUGAAGACGUCGCAGAUGAACAGGAACCGGUUCCGACUUCACCUCCGCCGCAAGACAAAAUGCUCGGCCUUCAGCAGCCUUCGCCACCACCGUCGCCUUCCUCCUUCUUACAACCGUCACCACCACCGCCACCUCCACCUCCACCGCUACCCACAGAACCUGAAUAUCCACCGGAAAACCUUAGCCCUGGCCAUGAAUCUCCUAUUUCAAAGAAAUCACCAUCAUCACCAAAGCGAGACGAACACCCCUUGCAAAGCCCUAAUUAUCGUGAAACCCCUUACCCAAACCCUAACCCUAACUCGGAUCAUGAAUCUCCGUCUCCGUCUUCACCAGCAACACUCCAAGGAAAUCCUAGCCCUAAACCACACAAAUCGCCUAAAGACCCCUCUCCGUCGCCACCACCGACCGCCGCAUCACCAUCAUCACCACCACUCCUCCAAGCGGUGGCCAGCUCUUCACCGACUAAACAACAAAUCUUACCCUGGACCCACCAGGAAACUGCAAACCUGAUCCAAGCUUACCAAGAAAAAUGGUACUCUUUAAAAAAGGGACCCCUUAAGGCCAGCCAAUGGGAAGAAGUAGCCAUCACGGUGGCUGCACGCUGUGGCUACGACGAGCCCACCAAAACCGCCAAACAGUGCCGCCACAAAAUAGAGAAGCUUCGUAAGCGUUACCGUGCAGAGAGGGGCAAACCUAGGUCCAAAGCCACCGCUUGGAAUUUCUUCAAACUCAUGGACAACCUGGAAAAAGGACCUUUACCAAUUUCAUCAUCACUGCCCUCUAUGGAAUUAGUCGAGUACCAGAAACCAAGCAACUCUAAUGGCAAAAAGAGGAAGAACAACGAUGAUGGUGACAGUGAGUUUCUGGUUAACAAAAGAAGCAGGUCUAAGAUUUCUUCUAAUCAUCAUAUCUCCAAUGGCAGCGAUGCUCGGUUUUCAGAUGGUGGACAUGAUAGGGUUAUGAGAGGGUUGAGGACUCCAGUUGUUCACAAACAUAAAGGUUUUUAUCAGGAGGAAGAAGAAGAUGAUAGUAAUGAAGAAGAUGAAGACAAUGAAGAAGGGGUAGCAGCACAAUUGGCGGCUGAAAUAAAGGGGUUUGCUGAAAAGUUUGUAAAAAUAGAGAAUAAGAAGAUUGAGAUGAUAAAAGAUGUUGAGAGAUACAGAUUGGAGAUGGAGAAUAAGAGAAUGGAAAUGAUACUUGAAUCACAACAGAUGCUUGUAGAGACUGUAAACAAGGCUUUUGGUGGAUCUCAUAAACCACACAAGCUUUCUGCAAAUUAACAACAGUUGAAGAUCUCAAGAAUCAAGGUUCAAGCUUUCCUUGUGUAGUCGAUAAAUUUUAUUUAUGUUUUUAUCUUUGAAUAACAACUUAGAUUGUUGCAGAUUUGUAGGUUUAGAAACAACUUUCGGGUCUUAUUUGUAUUUAUUUAUUAAGGUGAGAAAGAUUCGAAGAAGUGAUAUUGUGGUAGAGGAAAUGGUAUAAAUGGAUAUAACAUUCCAACUUUGAAUAUACAGUCCAGAACUUGCAUGUUGGUAUAAUUUCA